UUACCGUACUACGGAGUUAUCUAAUCUUGUAUCCAUGACACCUCCAUCCAGCAUCAUCCCAUCAGCUGUUUUCAACAAAACAGGUUCUCAAUCAAAGGUUUGAGAUAAAUAUCAGUUUAAUAUGGCUCGCUUUCUCAACAGAAAAUUAAAUUUAAUUCACCCAUACUUUACAAAUUGUAUCCUAGACCAUCUCCCUGUAAACACCAUUUCUGUGCCCUCAGUUCUCCAACAAAGAAAUGUCCAUACGUUUAAAAUCGACUCCAAUCUACUAAAAUCUACAUUCAAAUCAAAUCUUUUUGGACAGUCAAAAAGAUGUAUGUUUAUACAAACUCAAGAUACACCUAAUCCUAACAGUUUGAAGUUUCUGCCUGGAGUUACCGUUUUGGAAUCAGGAACUAUGGAUUUCUCGGAUAGGUUAUCUGCAGUUAAACGAUCGCCUUUAGCAAAUGCUUUGUUUCGCAUUGAAGGUGUCAAAUCAGUUUUCUUAGGACCUGAUUUUAUUACAGUAUCUAAAGUAGAUGAAGAUGUUGAAUGGAGAGUACUUAAACCGGAAAUAUUCGCAGUGCUAGUUGAUUUCUUUUCUUCUGGGCUGCCAAUUGUUAAUCAAGUAAAAGAUGAAGCAUCUCAAGAAGGUGAAGUCGAAGAAGACGAGACUGUCCUCAUGAUCAAAGAAUUACUAGAGACUAGGAUCAGGCCGACAGUGCAAGAAGAUGGUGGUGAUAUUAUUUUCAUGGGAUUCGAAGAUGGAAUAGUUAAGUUAAAACUUCAAGGUGCUUGUAAUUCUUGUCCAAGUUCCGUUGUUACCCUUAAAAGUGGUGUUCAGAAUAUGCUGCAAUUUUACAUACCUGAAGUUCUUGGCGUGGAACAAGUAGAAGAUAUUGUUGAUAAAAUUGCCAAGGAAGAAUUUGCGAAGUUCGAAGAGAAAAAGGCAGCUGAUGAACAGAAAUAAAAUCAAAAAUAUUAUUUUAUUGAACUCAUCAAACUAAGGAUACAUCAGAUUUCUAAAUCCAUAAAACUGUAUCCAAAAUGAGUUAUUCACAACCUCAUCAAUCACCAAUCAUCGUUUUGAGAAUGGUCAAGAUUUUAAUCUAUUUGUAAAUUUUGUCAGACUAACAAUGGUUCAUCUAUUUUCAAUAACUUUCAAGUCUAGUCUAUUCCUUUGGUACUUGUCAACCGUUUGAGCUCCUGUUGCCUUUGAUUGAAAAUUGUCUCGUACCAAUCUAGUUAUUGAACUAUCGGCUUUUAGCUCUGCCAAGAUUCUGGAUGAAAAGACAGAAAUACGUAAUCAAAUCCAAAGAUUGCUGUAUAAAUUGAAAAGAAAAAUUAAUUUAAGUUGAACAAUUGAUUAGCGAGUUUGACAGUAUUUCUUACAAAAACAAAGCUUAUAUACGAUGGUUCGUGAAAUGUGAAUAUCGAAAAGCCUUUGAAUUCACUGAUAUGUUCCAUAGUCACCAUCAAUCUGAUCCCUUCGAAAGGAUUAGCCAAAUCUUUAAUUUUAGAAAAAAUCCUCUUGUUGACUCUCGAAAUCUAGUUUUGUAAUUAUAAUUAAAAGAAGGUUUAAUCAUGUAUUGAUGCAUUCAUUUCCUAGAUGAUAAUUAAAUGUUUUGCGUAAAA